GGUAACAUAGCCACAAAGACUUUAAAAAUAGCGGCAAUUCAGGACGCAUUUUAAUAUUAUUUAUAAUAAAGACUACUAUAAUCAACAUGUCAACAGCUCAAGCUACCAAGAAUUGUAUCACGCUUAAGGGUUCCGCUCAGAUUAUUGUGGAAUAUCUUAAAUAUGGAAUCAAUUCUAUACUAUUUCAACGCGGAAUUUACCCGGCGGAAAAUUUCGAUAGUACACAAAAAUAUGGACUUACCAUUCUUAUGUCCAAGGAUCCGAAGAUCCAGGCUUUCCUAGAGAAUGUGCUUAGUCAAACGGAAGAAUGGCUCUCGAAGAACAUGAUCAAUAAAAUAUCUAUGGUCAUCACCAAUGCCCACACCAAGGAGGUUCUCGAAUGCUGGGACUUUAAAAUGCAGGCCGAAAUGGGCGACGGCGAUACCAGUGAUCCCACCAAGCUUACGGCUAGCAAGGAAUUAUCUCGCAUCCAGAACGAAAUACGCGACGUCAUGCGCCAGAUAUCGGCCACGGUGAGCUAUCUUCCACUGCUUGACUGCAUCUGUACUUUCGACGUGAUGAUCCACACGCUGCAGAACACCGAACUACCGGCCGAAUGGGACGAAACGGGUGCGAUUGUCAUCCAAAAUGCCCAGGCCGUCCAGCUGCGUUCCUUCUCUACGGGCCUCCACAAGGUGGACACCGUGGUCAACUACAAAAUGACCACCUAGUUGCCAAAAUUUUUAAAUAUUUAUUCCUUUUCUAUAUUUACAAUAGUGCGUAACGAACGUAACGUAUUUGAGAGUUGCAUUAAAAGCCAGUUGUGAAAAGCUAA